GAAGUCGCAAUGACUUGCGUGUCAUUCACACGAAAUCCAUGUUACACCAACCGUCGUAUCGCUAGGAACGCGAUUCCAGUACCUCACUUGGCGGAGAUUAGGCGAUCUCCAAGACAGUGCCUUCGGAAGCAUACGAUGGCAACCGCAGACGACUUGGAACAUGUUGCCAGCGCAGCUGUGCCUGGCCAGCAAUCGACGCAGCCUUUUCCGCCAUCCCAAAAGCCGAAUGCAUAACUCAUGAAGCCGAAGAAACCGAAGCCUUCACCAGACAAGACGGACGAUGCCUCGAAACGAACCGUCUUCGCAGGGAGAGACGGGCUAGCAGCGUACACGACUGAUCCUGCAUCAUUCCCGCAGAGUCGUGUCGUGUAUUAUAACGACAAGUUUGUCGUGAUCAACGAUCUCUUCCCGAAGGCAUCUGUUCAUCUACUUCUAUUACCACGAGAUCCGAAGAAGAACGUGCAGCGACCGCAGGAAGCGUUCGAUGAUCUGCAGUUUCUUGCCGACUGUCGUCAGGAGGAGAAGAAGGUCAGGGCCAUCGUCGCAUCUGAGUUAAGGCGCAAGUUCGGCAGGUAUUCUGCGACAGAUCGGCCGUAUCUACACGCCCUCGAGUCGGACGAGCCACCUGAUGCGCUUCCUCAGGGCCGCGAUUGGUCGCGAGAUAUCAUUUCCGGCACUCACGCUAACCCAUCCAUGAAUCACCUGCACAUUCACGUACUCAGCAAAGACAUGGUCAGCGAGCCGAUGAAGAAGCGCAACCACUACCUCUCCUUUACGACCGACUUCUUGAUCGGUUUGGAUCAGUAUCCACUAUCCAAGGACGACCAUCGCAGGAUGUACACGCAUUUCCCGGAAGACAUGCUUUGCUGGCGGUGUGGGAAGAAUUUCGAGAACAGGAUGGCUAGGUUGAAGGAGCACCUGGACGAAGAGCUGGAGCGCUGGAUACGGGAGUAAGAGUGGAGUAGCAGAUCUCGAAGAUGGCAGCGUCCAAACUCGCGGCCUGGCUUUGUAGGUUCAAAUUUGCAGUAGCCGCAGGCUCUAGGUUUGGACGAGCCUCGACCAGUGAGUAUAGACGUAUCAGCGUGUUUUCUUGCGAUCCCAGUGACGAGUAACAAUUUGGAGCAGGUUGGCGGCGUUGCAGCGAAUCAUACCCUUUCCAGAUGUAGCGUCGCCACAAGGGUUACACAAGACUGGGGUUGUGCGCUGG